UUCUGCUUGUCAUCGUGCUCUAGAAAUCACGUUGCAGCCGAGUUGUUUUGAAUCUUUGGUUUAUUCCUCUGAUUGUUACAAAAUUAUUCAGUUAUAGUAUUUAUAUAGGUGGUGGUAUAUAUUUGUGUUUACGUGAAGGCGUCUGCUCGCUCCAAGAGAUUCCUCUCCAAGAAAAAGGUUAAUGGAUGGCGUGACUUUUGCGAGUCUCUUGCUCCCCGGUCUCCUGCUUCUUUGGUGUGGAAACGUAUUAAAUCAUUCAGAAGGUGCGAUGAAGUCGUCCCCUACAAAUGCGCUCCAAGUGGAAUGUGUGGAACCUCCACUCCAAUUACGUAGACAGUAUCUCUCGGAUAGGUAAUACUUAAUCUAGGGAUAGUCAAGAACUCGCAGGGUGCUGAUAAGGAGCUUAAUAGCUUAGUGGAAAAAAACUGGAAGGAUUGGCUUCAACUCUAUACCGAUGCCUCUAAAUUAUCUGAUACAAGUCACGUAGGAGCUGCUGUUUGGAUCCCUAAAUUUAAUAUCAUCCUAAAUUAUAAAUGCCCGGCUAGCUGCUCCAUUUUCACAGGUGAGUCCAUUGCCCUUCUAGAAGCUGUCUCCUAUGUAGAAUCUCACAAAUUGAAUAGAUCAAUCAUUUUCUCGGAUUCCCUUAGCUGUUUGCAAGACCUUGUAAAAUUGCCUUUUCACUCUAGAGAAAAUUUUUAUCUCACCCUUAAAACUAAGGAAGUUCUUUAUAGAUGCCAAAAGAGUGGUCUAGAAAUUGUCCUGGCUUGGAUUCCCAGUCACAGCGGUAUUCGUGGCAACGAGAACGCCGACCUAUGUGCUAAAGAAGCUGCCCGCUUGGGUACUGAGAUCUACAACAAGACUUUCUCCAGAGAUAUCCGGGCUCUCGCUAAAUCACAUCUAUUCAAAUCUUGGGAUGAGCUUUGGCAAACAUCUAAGCAAGCAAAAGGGAACUUCUGGACUACAUCAUUGGACUUCCCACCGAACAGUCUUCAAUAUAAUUUAAAUGUACCUACCGACUAUUUUUUUUUUAUUGUUUUUUAAUUUUUUUUUAUUUUUUUUCUUCGGUACCUUGACGUUGGCAGAAUCAUCGUUUCUAAACGAUGCAGCCAUAAACUUUUAAAAAGUGAAGUGAAGUGAGUUUUUUUGACUCUGGCAGUAAUGGUUGUCUAGUAAACUGACUAAACUUAACGACAACCGGUUGCCAUAAAGUUGAAGUAGUGGGUUUUUUAUCAACAAUAAAGUUUGAUAACUGGUUUUAAUUUAUAGGUGGUUUUAACUCGAUCGACUACAAAAGGUUAACAAGUCGGGAAGUUUAGUGGUCGGUGCCUUGCCUAGUAUAGUCGGGUUGCUUUCACUUUUAAUUCGGUCUCGAUGACCGUCACUGCUCUGGUCAAAGUCUGUUACUUUAUCAAAAGGAAUCUAAAGCUGAUUGCAGUACUUUGAUACGAUAUAAAGUGCGAUAACAAGUGUAUUAUAAUAUUUUAUCUAUUUAGCAACUUUUGUUUAUAAGCCCCAACAAUGAUGCGUGGUAUGGAGCGAGGUAUACAUAAAAUGUGUGGUCAUGUUUUACUGGAACCUUAUACAAGUUCCCUGCAGGUAUCAUGUCAUUACACUUCGGCAAAAUCUACUAACAUACUAAACCUGCCAAAGCUGCCGGUGCCAAAAUUAAGUGACACACUCCAAAAAUAUUUAAAAUCGGUUAGGCCCCAUCUGAAUGAUGAUGAAUUUGCAACUACUACAUCUCUUGUCAAAGACUUUGAAUGUGGAGUUGGUCAAAAGCUGCAGAAUUUGUUACUGAAAAGAGCUGAGAAUAGCCUGAACUGGCUUGAAGAGUGGUGGCUGAACACAGCCUACCUUGGAUACAGGGAUCCAGUUACAGUGUUCUCCAGCCCAGGACUGGUAUUUCCAUUUCGAAAGUUCAAUAAUGAAGAAGAGCAAUUAAGAUAUGCUGCUAAAACUUUAUUGGCUGCUCUAGAAUACAAGGACUUAAUAGACAAUGACAAGAUUCCCCAGGAGAAAAUGGGUAAAAAUCCUUUGGACAUGGCUCAAUAUAAAAAAAUAUUUGGAACUUGCCGAAUCCCCUGGGAAAAGAUAGAUAAGCUAUCAUAUAACACCAAUACUAAGCAUGUAACUGUUAUACAUAACAACCACUUUUUCCAUGUCGACCUAUGGGGUGACGAUAAUGUACUGCUCAGUGAAGCUCAAAUAGUUGAACAACUAAACAAUGUGAUUGCGGAGUCACAAAUACCUGCUUGCGAUCCAAUUGGUGUCCUUACAUCUGAAAAUAGAGACACUUGGGCAAAAGCUUACCAACUGCUGAUAGCAGAUGAUGUAAACAAGGCAUCGUUGAAGGAUAUAGAGACUAGCAUUGUAGUGUUGUGUCUGGACGCACCUGUUGGUCUUUGGGAUCUCUCAGACAAAGGAGCUCGCCAAAACCUAGCUGCGAGCCAGACCAUCUUUGGCGGAGGUUCCAGGAGCAAUGGCAACAACCGCUGGUUCGACAAAACUGUGCAGUUUAUUGUCGGAGCGGAUGGUUUAACUGGACUCACUUACGAGCAUUCGCCGGCCGAGGGACAGCCUAUUGCUGUUCUGACUGACUACCUUAUCAAUUAUGUAGAUAAGUGUAAAACAAAUGAAACACCCUCGUCGAAACCUAAAUGCCCAAAGAAACUGCAAUUCAAUGUUAGCAGCGAAGUAACUGACAUGAUCAACGUAGCACAGAUCAAUUUGGAUAAAUUGGUGUGCAAUUUAGAGUUGAACUGUUUCACGUAUGACCGCUACGGUAAAAAUUUUAUUAAGUCUCAAAAGAUGAGUCCAGAUAGCUACUUACAAAUGGCUAUGCAGUAUGCUUUUUACAGGAUCUACAAAAUUCCUGCUGCUCAUUACGAGUCUGCGGCGACUAGAAUGUACGUGGGUGGCCGAACUGAGACCAUCCGGUCUUGCUCCAUUGAAUCCAUAGAUUUUGCGAAAAAAAUGUUAGACGAUUGCGUUUCCCCGAAGGAGAAAGUCGCGGCGAUGAAAAAAGCUAUUCAAGCACACAAAGAUUACACAGUGCAGGCGCUACAAGGCUUUGGCGUAGACAGACAUCUUUUGGGACUAAAACUGACUGCUAUAGAGAAUGGAAUCGAAUUACCCAAGUUGUAUUCUGACGCAGGGUUUGUAAAAAGUUCUACCAUGCGCAUCUCUACAAGUCAGGUGGCGUGCAAGUGUGACGGCUUCAUGUGCUAUGCACCGUUAGUGCCUAACGGAUACGCGACGUGCUACAACCCCCGAGACAAUGACGUCAACUUCGCGACGUCCGCCUUCGUCUACAACGAGGAGACCAGCUGCGACACAUACCGCAGCGCGCUCGAGGACUCGCUGCAAGACAUGCAUGAUACGCUUCUCAAAGCCACACCUUCGAAGUUGUAAACUAUAACUGAUGUUGCUCAAGGCAUAAUAUUUAGUUAUAGGUGUCAUCAUAUUAAACAAAGUAUAGCAUACACUGUACAAUCGUUUAUUAACACGUUAUACAAUAUAAAAUACGAUAUUUUACUACAUAAAGUUUUUAGAGAUAUGAAUUUACAAAUAAUUAUUCUUAUAAAAUAAAUAUGUAUAUUUAUCUAUACCCCUUAAUCAGGUCGGAUGGUCAACUCUAUUAUUAAUUUAUGGCUGUUCUUGUUUAUUAAUGUAAUUUAGAUCACAAAGACUUGUUAUUACAUUGAUCAUUAUACAAUGUACUGAGGUUUUUUUAUAAAAUAUUUACUUUAUGUACUCAAUAAAACCUACAUAUUAUUAAUA